UGGGUGAUAUCACCAAUUUUUUUUGAUCACCUAUUCCUUUUGUUUAAGCCUUAUAACAAUGUAUUAUAUGUUAAAGAAUAAAUAGUGAGAAUGGUUUUGGCUAAGAGCCAUUUUCUCUAGCCGUGGUAAAGAAAGCUGAGCAGGAUGUUAAUCAACAUAAUACGUUCCCACCAGGGUUAUAUCGAUCGUCAAAUGACGAGUCGUCCUCUGCUGACAAUGAUGACGAAGAUAAGAGCAGCACAAACUCUAGGAGCAGCUCUUUCUGAUAAAGGUAGGCAUACAUGUGCCUAUGAUCUUUAUCUUAAAACCAUAAACCAAAUGCUCGAUAGUGACAUGCAAACCAAUUUUUCUAUCCCACACAUCAUGAAGUUGGAGAACGCUAUUAGGUUGGCGGAAAAUGAAACUCAGAAGGAAAACAAGACGUGGUUACUUCGUAGUAAUUUGGAUAGUGUGUAUGAUGAAUGCAUCAGUAUGUACAAUGCUGUUGACAGUCAGAAGCCACCUAACUUGCAAGAAAAGAUAAAAGACACGAUCAAUUCUGUCCUACCUGACGUCGAUGCUGGUGACUAUAAAGCAAGUCUUCAGAAAUACACCGCCCUACUGAAACAUAUUCAAAAUGAGAAAAGAUACCGCAAUCUUAUGUCAGCAGAAGCCUUGAAAUUGUUGGACGAAUCCAUUGAAAAAGCAGAGGCGUCAGAUGAUAUGGAGCAUUCAGUGAGUCAAGUUCGUGAAAGCCUCGACCGAAUAUACAACGAAGUUCGGCUGCCUAAUGUUUAUUCGCCUGAGAAAUUCCGUCAGGUUAAUCGUCCGAAAGCAAAAACACAGAAUGCAAUGAUGAUGAUAAACUUUCAGAAGAAAGAUGAUUCGCUUUUUGAGUAUAACAUUCAAGGUUUGGACGAUAGAGUGAUGAAUGGAGAAAGUGAAUCGAACGUUGAAUUUCUGGAAAAUGAAGCGUAUGUUAAAUUUGUCGGUACGAUUUCGAGAGCUAACCGUGGUGGAUUUGCUAGUUUCAGGGUGGUGCCGUCCCAAAAGGCAGAAAUGUGUAAAGUACUAACGGGUACUCGAAAAAUAAUUAUCGAAGUAAAAAAUCUAGCUAAGACAAACAGUCGAUACAAAUUCCAAUUGGCCAAUGAAGCGCAUUUGAAGUCAUUUAAUUGGCAAAGCGAAUUUUUUGCGGAACCGAAUGAAGAUUUUAAAAAAAUAUCCCUUGAUGUGCAGUCUUUUUGGCCCACCAUGUUUGGUCACGUGCUGUCAUCACCGGGUGAUGUAGAUUUUACUAAAGUUGAUUGUUUGGGGAUAAUAUUAAGUCAUGUUACUGUUGAUGGCAAUAAUAAUCCUGAUUUAGUUGAAGGCGAAUUCGGCUUGGCGGUGCGUUCGAUAAGUAUCGUUAAAGACAGUUAAACACACACCAUGCUAUAGUGGUAUAUACUUGAAUUUUGUGUAUAUUAACUUGAAGUAGAUAUAAUCUCUUGCCUCUUUUUUUAUUUCGCGAAAUUUUUUCCAUAUUUAUUUUAUUUUUGUUUGUUUGUUUUUAUUUACCAUUUUCGAAGGAUUUUCAGUGGGUUGGGAGAAUUUCUAUCAGCGAUCAAAGAUAAAGCUGUUAGGUUUAUAGAUUAUUUGCUAUCAUAUUAAGCACGAAAAUUAUUGGUGUCUCCGCACAAAAACAUCUCAAGAUUGCUAACUCCUUUUUUUUAUUGUAAUAUUUUUUUUUGGCAUAUUCUUAAAAUUAAACAAUUUUUGUGUAAAUUAUUUUAGUAAAUAUGUACUGUAUAGAAGAAGAGUACUUAAUUGUUA